AUGGUUCCUGAAGAAAGAAUGAAGACAGAAGCCACUCACAAGGCGAUAGCAGCAGGUGGCAAGAUGACGGUGGUCCAUUCUCCGGUUGGAGUGAGGAGCAUCGUGACCUCCUUGGUGGCUUUCUUGAUCUUGGCCAGCUCCAUCGUCUUCCUCCUUGACAGAGGCCAGGAAGAGCAAGUGCAAAUGGCAGUCGAGCAUGGACGCCAAGAAGUGCAGGGGGACGCCAGCGACGAGGAGUGCAACUGGUCGAGGGGACGGUGGGUCUACGACAACGUGUCCCGGCCAUUGUACUCUGGACUCAAGUGCACCUUCAUGUUCCCCGAGGUUGCUUGUGACAAAUAUGGCAGGAAGGAUGUCAUGUACCAGCAGUGGAGAUGGCAGCCUCAUGGAUGCGACCUUCCAAGAUUUGAUGCCAUCAGGCUACUUGAAAAGCUGAGGAACAACAGGUUGGUGUUCGUGGGUGACUCUCUCAAUAGGAACCAAUGGGUUUCCCUGGUGUGCAUGGUGGAGUCCUCUAUACCUGAUGCUAGGCACAAGAUGCACAGCAUCAAUGGCUCACUCCUUUCCUUCAAGGCAUCAGAAUACAAUGCAACCAUAGACUUCUACUGGUCACCACUGCUGUUGGAGUCCAAUGGCGACAGCCCUACCAUCCACUGGUUGGAGUACAAGAUCAUAUGGGCAGACAGGAUUGAGAAGCAUGCUAGCGCUUGGAGAGAUGCUGACAUCAUAAUCUUUAAUUCUUAUGUGUGGUGGAGGAAGCAUAAGGCUGACAUGAGGAUGAAGGUUAUGUAUGGUUCAUUUGAGGAUGGUGAUGCAAGGUUAAACGCAGUGGAAAUGAUAUAUGGUUUCGAGAUAGCUCUCAAGAAACUGACUGAAUGGCUUGGAGAGAAUAUUGACAAGAACAAGACUAGAAUCUUCUUUGCAGGAUCAUACCUACACAUUCAUGGUGAGUGA